UGGAAGGUGUCGUCGAAGCUUAAAGCCUCGAUUAAAACAUGCUAAUAGCUUUGAUGAUGUAAUGGAAGUGAUUGAGGAUGAGUGUUCUAUCACUAAUGUUGCUCUAUUGGAGACUAUAGUGAAAAAAUACUCAAUACAAGAUGCUGGAGACAAGAUAUUAGCUUAUCAGACACACUUGGAUGAAUUCUGCAAGAAAAAAUUAACAAUGCUUUGUAAUUGUCAGCUUAAGAGAUUAUCCUCUUCUCUCCUCACUUGUGAGAUGAUCAGUAUCAGAGCCCUCCUAUGGAAAAUGUUCAAGGAUCUGUAUUCAAUGGAGAGUUUACUAGUGACAGCUAGAGAUAAUGUUGAUAUGCUAAAGGAGAUGGGAUCGAUUAGUUUAACUAUUGGUUACUAUACUGUGUAUGAUGAACAUGGAAUUGAUGAGGAGGUGAAGAGUCUAAUGAAGAAACUGGAGACAGAUGCUUUACUUGAGGAGAAUGCUAAAUUGAAGGGUACAAUAGACACAUUAGAGUCUGAGAAGGAAGAGAGUAAAAAGAAGAUGGCAAAAGCAAUGCAAAUGGAAAUAGAUCAUUUACGAUCAUCUCUUCAAAGCAAAACAGGGAUAGAAGAAACAUUGAUUGAAGUAGAGAAAACAUUAAUUGAAAGAGAAAAGGAGAUAGAACAGUUACAACAACUGAAAGAAACUCUUAGAAAGGAUCAGCCUUCAAAAUAUAUUGAUCGACCAAAAGCAGUUUAUGUAGCUACUAAAGACUGGAAACAAGAAGAAAAUAAUCAGCUUUCAAUCAAGGAAGGAGAGAAAUUUGAGGUCAAGGAAGAGCGUACUAACGAAUGGUGGCUAGCAAGAUCUUUAGAUACUGAUGAAGAGAGGCUUGUUCCUAGUUACUUAAUUGAAAAAGAUGAAGAGAGUGAACUGUCAACAUCAGAAUUACUUGAGCUAUUUCAUUAUGCAAUGACAGAAAACGUUGACAUACCUAAAAUCAAGGAAAUUAAGACAAGCAACAAUGUUAAGAGAGCAAGUCUCUUUUUAUCAUUAAUUAAAAAAGAUUCAGCUCUGCUAGAUCAACUUAGAAAAAAAGAACAUGGAACGCCUAAAGCAAUUAGGUGGUAUGAUGAUGGUGUUCAACUGACCUCUCCAUCUUUAAUACAAUGUCAAGAAGUAGUUUCUCUAUUAACAAGCAAGCAUCGUAGCAUAAGGAUAAUCAAAUCAUCUCCUGAUGUUGUGUUCGAUCUGUUGCCAGUUUUAUUACAAAAUGAAAAUGUGAGAUCCUUGACAAUACGUGACACUCAACUAACGCAGGACUGCAUCUCAUCCUUAUGUAACUUACUGGCUAAUAAUAAAUCGCUAGAAGGUUUAUAUCUUUGUAACUGUUCCAUUGAUGACAAAGCAGUUGCUGACAUUACAAAUGUAUUGCUACAAAAUAAUACACUUAAAGGACUAAGCUUCCAGAGAAAUAUUCUUGUUACCUCUGCUAUUUCGCAAAGUCUUUCUGACCUAAUCAAAAAUUCAAUAUUAGAAGUAUUAGAUUUAGCAGGCACUUCGAUAUCAUCUGAUGGAAUAAUGCUAAUUCUUCAAUCGUUAUUAGUUAAUACUAAAAUCAAACUCUAUCUACAUGAUGACGACAAAGAUAUAUGCACAGAAUAUUGUGACUAUAAUAUCAUAAAAGAUAGAGUGUUUUUCUACUAACAAAAAACUUUAAUGCUGACAUU